AUGGAAGAAUCGUCGAGCAAAAACACUAAUUAUUCAGAAGAUGAAGAAAAUGAAGAACUUUUAUCAAGAGUGUGGAUAGAGUCCAAGAAGCUAUGGCGCAUAGUAGGUCCUAAUAUCAUCAACCGCUUGGCUGGCUACUCCAUGACCGUCAUUACGCAAGCCUUUGCUGGCCACCUUGGCAACGUUGAACUUGCUUCCAUUUCCAUUGCCACCAAUAUCAUUGUUGGCUUCGGUUUUGCUCUCUUGUUAGGAAUGGCAAGCGCCCUAGAGACGCUAUGUGGGCAGGCCUUUGGAGCUAAAAGGUACCACAUGUUGGGGACGUACAUGCAAAGGUCAUGGAUUGUGCUGUUCUGCUGCUGCAUUCUCCUAUUGCCUGUGUACAUAUUCGCCUCCCCGAUUCUAAAACUAAUGGGACAGUCCGAUGAUGUGGCAGAGCAGUCCGGCGUGGUGGCUCUGUGGCUUAUACCCUUGCAAUUCAGCUAUGCGUUUCAGUUCCCAUUGCAGAGGUUCUUGCAGAGCCAGCUAAAGAACUUAGUGACAUUGUGGUUUUCAUUGGCGGUUUUGGUGCUUCAUGCAGUGACGAGUUGGGUUUUGGUGUAUGAGUUGGAUUUUGGGGUUGCGGGUGUGGCCAUGGCUCUGGAUAUUUCAUGGUGGGUUUGGGGGCUCGGCCUAUUUUGGUAUGUUUCGUCUGGUAGAUGUCCGCAGAGUUGGGCUGGUUUCUCCAUGCAGGCUUUUUCUGGGCUUUGGGAAUUUGUCAAAUUUUCUGCUGCUUCUGGGGUCAUGCGCUGUUUGGAAUUCUGGAGCUAUAGAAUCCUAAUUAUAAUGACUGGAUCCUUAGAGAAAGCAACUCUUGCUGUGGAUGCCUUGACAAUUUGCAUGACUAUAAGUGGGUGGGAGCUCAUGAUUCAUUGGGCCUUCUUGGUUGGAACAGGAGUAAGAGUGGCAAAUGAGUUGGGGGCUGGAAACUGGAAGGCAACUAAAUUUGCAGCCAAGGUUUCUAUGGCAGAAUCUGUCUUCAUCGGUUUAUGCAUAUGUGUAAUUACUAUCAUACUCCAUGACAAGUUUGCAUACAUAUUCACAUCCAGCACUGAUCUCAUCCAAGAAGUUGGUCAGAUGUCGUAUCUCUUGGCAAUGGCAAUUCUACUUAACAGUAUUCAACCCGUCUUCACAGGAAUAGUUGUGGGCACAGGAUUGCAAGCAUGGGUUGCAUACAUUAAUCUUUUUUGCUACUAUAUUAUUGGGCUCCCACUUGCGCUUGUAAUGGGAUGGAUCAGCCACCUGGGUGUUUCGGGUAUAUGGGGUGGGAUGAUCUUUGGUGGAACUGCUGUGCAAACGGUGAUUUUGGCCAUCGUGCUAAUACGACAUGAUUGGGAAAAGGAGGCUCAGAAGGCUAGCCAGCGUGCAAAGAAGUGGCUAACGCCUAACCCUGACAAUCAAAUAGAGGAACAUAAAUAG